CCAUAACCUAUUAGUUAUUUUCAAAAAUCGAUUAGUUAUUUUUCGAAAAAAAAAUGAAUUGCUUGCUAAUAUUUGACCAUUUAAACGACAUAAUUCACACAAAAUACAACGAUGCUUUCGCUGCACACAUGAACAACUUCGCCAUCGAACAAGAACUGCUACCGAAAGAAUACAAUGGGAAAACCAUCGAUCCCAAUGUUAUAGUGCAAACAUUUUCUCCUAUAGUAACAUCGCACAGAAUCAUGAGCUGCCAAUUCGGAAAUUCGUAUACUUCCAUUAAAUGCGAAGAUAAUUUGGUGAUGUAUUUCGAAGAAUAUAUGGGCUAUUUAUUCGUGGCCAUAUCGAAACAAAAAGAGCAAUUCCUCAAAUGGUUCACAAACAUUAGCGUAACAAUCGUUAGGUAUUUAUGCGGACCGGACGUCUACCAAUUGAAAGCUUGCGAGGAAAAAUCCCUUCUAGCCAACAAUUUGAUAGACAGUUGGUCGAACUUGAUCUCCCACGAUCAGUCCAUGUACGUGGAAGUCGUCGAACAACUAUUCAUCAAUCAAGAACUCGGCACGACAGCCCUUCGAGUCCUAAGAGAAUCCGUCAAUAAAAUCCUCACCCACAUGGAUUGCAAGAAAAUACACUCGCUGAUUUUAGUGCAAAACAAAAUUCUAUCCUUAUAUUCCAGUCAAACUGCCAAGGAAUUGUCACCGUCGGAUAUAUUAUUCGCUACUAUUUUAUGCGCAAGUUGUGAUGAAGCUUCGUCGAAGGAGAUUAGAAGUUAUCAAGUGUUGUUAUCCGGUUCGGAGGAUUCCCCGAAAUGUCUACCGCACGCCGUACACGUUAUACCGCUAUCGAACGGGAUAUUCGUGGUUUAUUUAUUAGAAAUUGGCAAUCCUGCGAUUGCUGCUAGCUUGUACGAAUGCUUCUGUCAUUUGCACACCAUGCAACAGGUACAAAUUCAAAGGGACAAAAAGACGUUGCAGCUCGCCUACGAAAAUCUCGAUUUGGCCAAUCGAAAGUUGCACGAGAGCCUGCGAAAAUCCAAGACGGCCUCGAUCGAAUCGUGCCACAGGCAGCUGGCGAAAAAAUGGGACGUCAUCAAAAAGAAAUACCAGGAGUACCUGAAGACCGCCUCCGAGGAGGCCAUACUGAGGGCCGAAACGCUCGGCUUGGGAUUCCUCGAGCAACUCAAGGAAUUGCUGAGCCUGACGUCGGUCGACGACAGCGUGCUGAGGCUCAGCUCUAAAUUCGCCUCGGAAGCGGCGUCGGACGUGAAAAAUAAAUUGGAAAUCUACGAGGAUUUUUUCAAAGCCAAAAGCAUCAAGAACUUCUCGCUGGGAUCUAGAGAUUCCCUAACCAUAAAUAAAUAUUUGGAGGAAUUCCCCGGUUUGAUACAUUUCAUAUACGUGGACAGGAACGUCAACAGGAUAACCACACCUACGUUGGAUUUGGACACGCAGGAGGGGUUGUUCAACAAAAAUAAAAUAUUCCACAUGAUCGACGUGGCGAAGGAUAAACUCCAAAAGGGCCUGACGCAGUUCAUUUGGAAGGACGCCAGCUUCAGCUAUUCCUAUUUCCUGUGGUUCGAGGACUCCAACGGGCAAGGACUCAAACCGACGGCGACGCCUAAAGAGAUGACCGGCUGGCCCGGCGUCUUGGCCGAGGAUUUUUACUUGAAAUUGAGGAAAACGUGUUUUCCGAAAACUCCGCCGUCGAAGAUCAAAUGCUACGAAGUGUACUGCUUGCAUUUGGGGUUGGUGACCGCCCCCGUGGUGCUCGAACACGCCAGACGAUUGGCGGCCACCGUCGGCGAAUUGAGAGGCUUUCCGACGCCCGCCGUCGAUUUUUUCUAAG